AUGGAAGGAAUUGAAGGAGAAAGCAGCAAUAAGGGUUUGGGAAGCAGCAACAGCAGCAAGUACACUCUGCAACCCUCACGAAUCAACAAUGAAGAUAUACUCUUCUGUGUGGAUAUUGAUCCUCAAUCCAUGGCUGAGAUGAAGGGUGCUACUGGACCCAAUGGAAGACCCCUCACCCGUUUAGAUGCCAUUAAACAAGCCAUCAUUCUCUUUGUCAACGCCAAACUCACCAUCAAUCCUCAGCACCGGUUUGCUUUUGCUACUCUCUCCAAUUCUGUCUCAUGGUUGAAGAAAGAGUUUAGCAGUGAAGUUGAGUCAACUAUUGCAGCAAUGCGAGCGCUUACAGCUACUAAAUCUAGCAGUCAACCAGACCUUACUACUUUGUUUCGACUUGCUGCUCAUGAAUCUAGAAAAUCCCGUACGCAGGGUCGCAUUUUAAGAGUGAUUUUAUUCUACUGCCGAUCAAACGUGCGCCCGCAGCAUCAGUGGCCCGUGAACCAGAAGCUAUUCACUUUGGAUGUCAUGUACCUUCAUGACAAACCCGGGCCUGACAAUUGCCCCCAGGAGGUGUAUGAUACAUUAGUCGAAGCUCUUGAACAUGUUACUGAAUAUGAGGGUUAUAUCUGGGAGAGUGGACAAGGGUUAGCGAGGGUUCUUUUCCGCCAUGUGUUAAUUCUGUUGUCGCAUCCUCAACAGCGUUGUGUCCAAGACAAUGUUGACAUCCCUAAACUGCUUACCAAGAAAGCUCCUCAGACAGAGCCAAUGGCUAUUGAAGAUGCUGCACCAAAUCCAGGAUCCAGCCAGUGA